UAUCAACUUAAUAAAAACAGUGCAAUCUAGUUUUAUUUUAAAAAUAUAAGUUGACAUUAAAUAAAAUUUACAAAAAUGCAUAAAGAAUGGUAUCCACAAAAAUAUCUGACAAAUGAUGACAGUGAAAACUAUGCAAUAAUGAUUCUUAAUCGACCUAUAAGUCUCUCAUUUUUUACAAAGCUCUGGAAUGAUGCAACAAUCAGAUUCUGUGUUGAUGGCGGCUUGGAUCAGUUUCUUUCAUACAAAAAAAGUUGCACACAUUUAUUAAAAAAUCCUUACAUAAUUACCGGAGAUUUUGACUCUUGUUCUUCUGAAUCCAUGGAAUUCGCUAAACUCAAAAAAUGCAAAAUAAUUCAAACUCCGGAUCAAAAUGAAACCGAUUUCACAAAAGCCUUACGUACAUUAGAAACAGAGAUACAAAAUACCAAGACAAACUUCAUUCUUGUAAUUUGUGAGACAUCCGGAAGGUUAGAUCAAAUUAUGGCCAAUGUAAACACUUUAUUCAAAGCAAUGAAUUUUAUGAAGACUGAAAUUGUUCUGUUGUCAUCAAACUCUUUGUCGUUUCUUUUGGCGCCCGGAUUUCAUACCAUUCACAUUCCGCAAUUUAUUGUAAAAGCUCAAUAUUGGUGUGCACUUGUUCCUUUCAAAAGAUCUGUGGUGAGAACAAAAGGCUUGAAAUGGAAUUUAACAGACACUGUAAUGGAAUUCGGAGGAAUGGUUAGCACUUCAAAUACAUAUGAAAAAGACACAAAAACUGUCGAAGUCACAACUGAUAGUGCCCUACUUUGGAUAAUGGGUUUAAGUAAUUAAAUAUAUUGUUUUGUU